AUGAGAGUGCUGAUGCCUCAGGAAGAGACGGCUCUCAGGAUGGACACCCCACCCUCUGAAGGACCCUUAGAUAAGCAAAACAAAAAUCUAGAAAACCAGGAAGAGGAGAUGGAGUUUAAGGAACUGGAUGGUCUGAGGGAAGCCUUGGCAAACCUCCGGGGAAUGUCCCAAGAGGAGAACAGUGAGAAGGCGAUGCUGUACUCCCGCAUCCAGGAGCAGGCCCAGCUCAUCUGCAUCCUGAAGCGGAGGUCAGACGAGGCCCUGGAGCGCUGCCGGAUCCUGGAGCUGCUCAACACAGAGCUGGAGGAGAAGGGGAUGCAGGAUGCUGAGAAGCUGAAGGCCAAGAGCGAGCAGGCCCAGAGGCUGGAGGAACGCUUUAUGACCCUGGCAGCCCACCAUGAGCUGAUGAUCCGCUUCAAGGACGAACACAAAAGUCAGAACAUCCAGCUGAGAGAGGAGAAUGAGAAGCUGAGGAUGGAGAAUGACCACCUCUUCAGCCAGGCUCUGAGGGACCAGGAGGCCAAAGUAUGGCAGCUCACUGCCCGGAGUGAGGCCCUCACCAAGGAGCUGGAGUCUCUGAAACAGAGGAGCGCUCAGGAGACCUGCCAGGCCCAGGCCCGAGAGAAGGAACUGCUGGAGCUGUUCCAGAGCCACACCAAGGACACAGAGCAGCUGCGCAGCCAGCUGCAGAGCCUCAAGCAGCAGCACCAGCAGGCCAUGGAGCAGAUGGCCAAGGCUGAGCAGGCACACAGCCAGCUGAACCGGGAGCUGCAGGCCAGGCUGCAGACCGUCACUUGUGAGAAAGACGAGCUGUUGCAGCUGUCCAUGGAGAGGGGCAAGGUGCUUCAGAACAAGCAAGCAGAGAUCCGCCAGCUUGAGGAGAAGUUGGAGACGGCCGAUGUGGCCAGGAGGCGUGCCCUAGAGCGGUUUGAACAAGAGGCAGUGGCCGUAGACAGUAACUUGAGAGUCCGGGAACUCCAACGCAGGGUAGAUGGGAUCCAGAAGGCCUACGAUGAACUCAGGCUGCAGUCCGAAGCCUUCAAAAAGCACAGCCUGCAUCUUCUGAGCAAGGAGAGAGAACUCAACGCCAAACUCCGCCAUCUCUUUCCAUAA